CACACAAACUGCGCAUGACAAAGAAGACAGAAACAGGAAGUUGCGUCGGAGCUGAGGAGGAGAAGCUGCAGAUUUCUGAACAUGAAUAAAUCUAUGAACAGUCCGUGGAAAUCUCCCGUUUAGCUUGUGUCACUGCUUCAAUGACAAACUGUGAGUCUGUCCUGAGUACCCACGGACUUCACUGACUCCGGGACGUGAAUCAGUUUCAUCCAGCUCCCUGAAGUGUCUCCCCUCAUCCGCUCAUCAUGGGGGACUACUACCAGGUGUUAGGUGUCCGGAGAGACUCCACUGCAGAUGAGAUCAAAAAAGCGUACAGAAAGCUGGCCCUGAGGUGGCAUCCUGAUAAAAACCCAGAGAACAAGGACGAGGCUGACAAGAAGUUCAAGGAGCUGUCAGAGGCGUAUGAAGUCCUGUCAGACGCCAAUAAGAGGACCUUAUACGACCGCUAUGGGAAAGAGGGACUGACGGCGAACAACGGAGGAAGGGGGGGACAUUUCCACAACGGGGACCAUUUCCAUGAACCAUUUACAUUCCGUAACCCAGAAGACGUCUUCAGGGAGUUCUUCGGUGGCAGAGACCCCUUUGCAGAUUUCUUUGGUACCGAUCCAUUUAGUGAGGAUCCAUUUUUCGGCAACGGUCGGCGGCACCAGAACAGAUCCAAUCGCAACCGGACAGGGGGUUCUUUCUACGGAGGCUUUGUUGGUUUCCCUCCCUUUGGUGCCGGCUUCUCUCCCUUUGACCCCGGCUUCGGCUCGUUUGGAUCCAUGAGCGCCAUGGGUCAUAUGGGUCACAUGGGUCAAAUGGGUCAAAUGGGUCAAAUGACAACCAUGGGCAGUCUCGGAGGAGGAGGAUUCACCUCUUUCUCCUCUACCUCAUUCGGAGGAGGGGGAGGAGGAGGGGGAGGAGGAGGAGGAGGGAUGGGAAACUUCCGCUCUGUGUCGACUUCCACCAAGAUCAUCAACGGAAGAAAGAUCACGACUAAAAGAAUCAUUGAGAACGGUCAGGAGCGGGUGGAGGUGGAGGAGGACGGGCAGCUGCGGUCAAUAACCAUUAACGGUAAGGAGCAGCUGCUGCGACUGCAACACAAGUGAGGACAGGAGCGCCCUCUGCUGGAGAAGUGUUACCUCAGCACAAACACACCAACAAACUUGAGCUGGAAACAGAAGGAAAAAAAAGCGAUGUAAUAAUAGUGCUCUACUGUUGUUUGGAUGUACAUACUUAGAUUGUGUUUAUCUCCCUCAUGUGCUCUCUCUCUCUCUCUCUCUCUCUCUCUCUCUCUCUCUCUCUCUCUCUCUCUCUCUCUCUCUCUCUCCGUCGACCCUGUUGUUUUCAGAGGAGGUUUUUGGAUGCAGACAUUUCUAUGCAUUCAUUGAUGUUUUUUUCUCUCAGUUGAGCUUUCCUUCAGUUUUGGCUCAGGUUGGUGUUUUUGUUUUCAGUGUUUGGGACCACAGUAUUUGUUCUGAUGUGUAUGAACCCCUUCCAGUACUUUCUGUAUGCACUCCACUCUUGUGUCAGAAGUUAUGGCAUGACUUUGCUUUUUCAUCUGGACAUUAAAAAAAAGGAGGGUAUGAAUAAGUGAAGCCCCCCCCUCCCCUCCCGCCCUCCUCUCUCUCUCUCUCUCUCUCUUUUUCUGUUGGCUGCUUGUCUAACCUCUUCUUAGCCAUGAUUCUUUUUUAUGAAAAUACAACGGUAGGAUGAGUUAUGCAAUUUUAUAUGUUUUAAAACCAAUGUGUUUCUGUUUAUUUAAUAAUGCAUGUACACCUGUAGAUGUCGAGUCUUAAUGUUUAAGCUGCAUCAUGAUGCACAAAUAAUGGAGGGCAUUCUAUAAAUGAUAUAUGAAUAUGGGAGGAAUUUUGUGUACUUUGUAAACCAAUAAAUCAUGAGUUCAUCCUGUUUUCAGGAUUCUGA